AUGAAAGUGAUAAAGUUUCCAUGGCUGGCUCAUCGAGAAGAAUCGCGAAAAUAUGAAAUAUAUACAGUUGAUGUCAGCCCUGAUGGUAAGAGACUGGCCACUGGAGGUUUGGAUGGUAAAAUAAGAAUAUGGUCUGUAGAUGCCAUUUUACAAUGCAUGGACUUAGAGGCAGCGGCACCUGAAACGCCGCUUCCGCAAGAUUUACAGAUGCCAUUAUGUAGUAUGAGUAGGCAUACUGGCUCAAUAACAUGUGUUAAAUUCUCACCAGAUGGAAAAUACUUGGCUAGCGGGUCGGAUGAUCGAAUUCUAUUGAUAUGGGCUCUUGACGAAGAGCAAGGCUCACAACCUGCCUUCGGUUCCGAGCAUGAGAAAGAGCACUGGACAGUUCGAAAAAGAUUGGUGGCGCAUGAUAACGAUAUACAGGACAUUUGUUGGGCACCAGACUCAAGUAUAUUAGUGACGGUUGGCUUGGACAGGUCCGUCAUAGUCUGGAACGGUUCUACUUUCGAGAAAUUAAAGAGAUUUGAUGUGCAUCAGUCACUAGUUAAAGGUGUUGUUUUUGAUCCUGCUAAUAAGUAUUUCGCUACUACAUCAGAUGAUAGAACUAUGAAGAUAUAUAGGUACCACAAGACUGGGGAUGUUUCUUUCACCAUAGAACAUAUCAUUACUGAGCCAUUCAAAGAAUCCCCCCUAACAACGUAUUUCAGACGACCAUCAUGGUCUCCCGAUGGACAACAUAUUGCGGUUCCCAAUGCCACCAACGGACCAGUAAGUUCGGUAGCGAUCGUAAAUAGAGGAACUUGGGAUACAAGUGUCAGUUUAAUUGGGCAUGAUGCGCCUACGGAAGUUGCGAGAUUUAAUCCUAGAUUAUUUGAGAGGGGUGAUAGCAACAAGAAAAGAAAACAUGUUAACGCAGAAAAUGAAUUGGUAGAGCAAAAUGAAGAGGAUCUUCAUCAGUUUGACAAGAAUAUUGACUCAGUUGUAGCAACCGCUGGACAAGAUAAAUCCUUGGCUGUUUGGAGUACCAGCAGACCUAGACCCAUAUUUGUUGCAUUUGAUAUCGCAAGCAAAUCAAUAACUGAUAUGUCUUGGAAUCCCGAUGGUAGUUUACUAUUUGUGGUAUCUUUGGAUUCUUCGAUCACCUUGUUCAAAUUUAGCAACAAUGAAUUGGGCAAACCGAUUCCUCUGGAGAAAAACAUGGAGCAGUUAUACAGGUACGGUGUCGAUAAGGAUUCAUUGGAUUUCCCGGAAAGUGUCAAUCAACUCCUACUCGAAGACCAAACCAAAUCGUCUAAAAGAGCAAAACUUAGGACAUCAAAAGCAGAGGAAAAGACUCCUGAACUUGCAACAAAUCUUAUUUCAAACCAAAAGAAUGGCAUACAUGCUCCAGUGUUCAAAAAUGAACACAUAAAUAUUCUAAUACCAAAGAGAAAAAAGGACGCUAAACUGAAUAAAGCCGUAACUCUCAAAAGUGGUAAAAAGCGUGUGACACCGACACUAAUAUCUACUUCAUCAUCCGCUCCCUUUCCCAAUGCUAUCAAAAGACCUGUAUUGGAUAACAAGAGGAUUGAAAAUAACUUGAAAGCGGCCACCAAACACGUCAACAGUAAAGAGCUAUUGCCCCAUGUGCCAGAUGGAAUUGAAAAUAAAAUUAGUGUCUCAUCUCUUCCGUUACCAAGAUUAGGUAUACACUCUUUGAUAAUGGGUACGAAAGAAAGGGUUAGAAGGAAAGCCUUAGAUUCAGAAGUUGAUAACGAUGGUCCAGAAAAUGAAACUGAUAAGGGCACAGAUGGGACAAACAACGCUAUUGACGAAAUUAAGAUUUUUUCAGAUGAAGAAAACGACUUUCAUAGAAUGACACUGAAUGCUAAAUUGACACAAGAGAAGAUAUGGAGCGAAGAGCCUACAGCGCGAUACCUUUCACAAUCCGAUGUUGUACCAGACACUGAUGUUGUCGUUCUUGAAGAGGGUGAUUUAGAUCAUAUAUCUGUCUUGGAAAUCAGAAAUGGUGUAGAAAGAUCCAUUCAAUUCGAUUCUGAAGCACUUCUAGACAAUCCAACCAGGAUACUGGGAUACGAAGGGGGGAAACGAACCAUUGAAUCAUUUAUCCCAGAAGUAAUCAUUUGUGCUAUGGGAUCAAAGGCUUGUAAGUGUUGGUGUUUAGCUUCGGCCAAUGGCUCUAUUUAUAUACUCUCGUACAAUGGCCAGCAGAAACUUCCAAAAAUUAGCCUAGGUCACAAGGUCAUUAAGAUGGUAACAUCCAGCAAUUAUUUGGUUGUUCUGACUGAGAGAGGAUUAUUCUUUGCAUGGGAUUUAUCAGAUCUAAAAUCAGUGUUGAGGAAUGUACCCAUUUUGCCAAUUCUUAAUGGUCAACCUAUUCAAGGAAACAAAGUGAGAAUUAACAAAGUUAUAAGGAGCUUUCAUUUAGAUGAUUCUAACUGUGAUUUAUAUGUAGAAGUUGGCGAUCCUAAAAAUAUAUAUAGAUGGACUAAAAACCUCGGUUGCUGGUCACUUUAUAAAUAA